AUGGAACAGUCGGAGCGUGUCUUCAGCCGCUCUCACCGCUGGACAACGGCGGCAGACGUGGCGAGGACUGCCCCCCCCCGGUCCCAUGCCACGGGCACUCGGUCCCCGGGCCCUGCCCGACCGCACCGCGGGUCACCACGCUUAGCCGCCGGGCUCCUCGGUCUGCAGCCUCGGGGCAGUCAGUCCCAAGCCCGCCCUUCCUCCCGUGCCAGCCCCGGGUCGCCUCACCGCACCGGAGCGAUCCACGCUCCCCUCCAGGCGCGUCAGUCUCCCGGCCGCUCACGGAGCCGCAUCCGGAUCCGGCUGCAGAGCCAGCCCCACCCCCUGCUGCACCCCCGCGCGGCAGCCGGAACGGCCGGGCCCAACGUGGCGGGCCCAACGCCCCCGCCCUGCCCCGCCCUCACGCACCGGCUGCGCACGCGGAGGCCGAGCCACGCACACCGCUCCGGGGCUCGCGGGGCGGGGCUCCGGGGCUCGCGGGGCGGGGCUCCGGGGUCUCCUAGGCGACUCUGGCGCGUGGUGCCCGGACCCGGGCGAGGCUUGCGUCAUCAGUUUACCUUCCAGGUGUGCCCCUUGCUGGUUGCGCCACUGUCACUCUCACUCCUUAUCUAA